UGAACUGAGGCUGCUCAGCGGGUCGGCCAGCGCAGUCACGUGACACUCGCCCGACCCUCCGUGUGAGCGGAAUCCUCUCUCUGUGCAGAGCACCAGUGCGUCGUGCCUCAGCCAGGCUGUCUCUCGAGAUGGGACUAAGGGAAGAACUUCUCAAGUCGAUAUGGCAUGCCUUCACAGCGCUGGAUUUGGACAAGAGUGGCAAAGUGUCAAAGUCUCAGUUAAAGGUGCUUUCUCAUAGCUUGUGCACUGUGAUGAAGAUUCCUCAUGAUCCAGUGGCUCUGGAGGAGCACUUCAGAGAUGAUGAUGAGGGACCAGUCUCCACUCAGGGAUACAUGCCAUACCUGAACCGAUUCAUCCUGGACAAGGUCCAGGACAACUUUGAUCGAGUUGACUUUAACAGGAUGUGCUGGACACUGUGUGCCAGAAAAAACCUCAACAGAAGUCACCUACUUAUCUCUGAUGACGAUGCAUUUAAAAUCUGGUGCAUAUUUAAUUUUCUCUCAGAGGACCGAUACCCCUUGGUUAUGGUCACAGAGGAGAUCGAGUAUUUUCUGCGCAAGUUGACAGAGGCGAUGGGAGGCAGCUGGAUCGAGGAGAAAUUUGAGGACUAUAAGACACAGUUGAGCUUCAAACAGCAGUGCCUGAAUGUGUGGGAGCUGAUCGAGCUAGUCGGCAUGGGUCACUUCAGCAAAGGGAUGGACCGCCAGACCCUCUCCAUGGGCAUCAGUGAGGUCUUCCAGGAACUCAUUAUGGAUGUGUUAAAACAGGGCUAUUUGCUGAAAAAAGGCCACAAACGGAAAAACUGGACUGAGCGGUGGUUUCUUCUUCGCCUCAAUUCGAUCUCAUACUAUGUAAGUGAAGAUCUGACAGAGAAAAAAGGAGAAAUACUGCUAGAUGGGAACUGCUGUGUUGAGUCAUUACCAGAUAAGGAGGGAAAGAAAUGCCUUUUAUUCAUUAAGUGCUCAGACAAAAGUUAUGAGAUCAGUGCUUCUGAUAAAAAGAAAAAACAGGAAUGGAUUCAAGCCAUUCAGACAUGUAUCUCUCUGCUGAAGAUAGGCCAUCCAGCUCCACAUUAUGAAGCUCGGCUAAAGCGACGAGAGUUGCGCCAGAAGCAACAAGCCGAGCAAGAACAACUGGAACUCAGGAUGAAAGAACUCCAGACAGCCAACGAGAACAAGCAAAAAGAGCUUGAGGCCAUGAGAAAGAAACUGGAGGAGGCAGCAGCCACAGCAGCUACGGAGGAAAGCAGGCGCCUGCAAACCCAGAACCAGCUGGAGGAUAUUUACAAAGCUGAAAUGGAGAAAGAGAAAAUGGUGAGGCUACAGAUGGAGGAACAAGUGGCACAAAAGUCCAGUGAGCUAGAGCAGUAUCUGCAGCGUGUCCGGGAGCUGGAGGAUAUGUACCAUCGCAUGGAGGAGGCAUUAGAGGAUGAAAGGCAGGCCAGGCAGGAUGAAGAGAUUGUGCGCAAACUACAAGCCAGAUUGCUGGAGGAAGAAGCAGCAAAGCGCACAGAGCUGGAGCAGAUUCACCUGCAGCAGCAGCAGGCUAUCUCUCAGACAAAGGCUGAGAAGGAGGAGCUGGAGAGGGCACGGCUGGAAAAGGAGGCUGCUCUGCAGGGAGCCAUGCAUCAGCUAGAGAGGCUGGAGACAGAGAGGCAAAGUGCUCUGGAACAGUAUGAGGAAGUAAUGAAGAAACUGGAAGACGCAGCAAACAACACAAAAAGCUGGAAGGACAAGGUGGCUCAUCAUGAGGGACUCAUACGUCUUAUACAGCCGGGCCCAAAAGGCCCUCAGAAGAUCACCAACUGGGGCCCUGCAGCCUUCACAGAAAAAGAACUAAGUCUGAGAGAGAAGGACUGGCAGGAGAAGAAAAACAAGCCUGCUCAGACCCAAUGAGGCAUCAUUGCUGUUCUGUGUUCUUGUACAUCUACCCACUACUAAACGGGAAAACACUGGCCAAGUGGGGCAUAUUCCAAACGGACCUCUAAAACACCCUGUAUGACUGCAUAGUAGACUCUAAUUUUCACUGUAUCUGUUUUCAUUCCAGUUGUACUGUAACAUUGCAGGGCAUUGCGUCCCUUUUUUGGCUCGUUCGAAGGGAUUUAUAUAUUUGUUUUUGUAAUGUACCAUAUUCUACACGAAAAUGUUGAUUUAGUUGUAUUUUUUUUUUGCCAAAGUGAUGACAGAUUUUGCACAGAAAUUACUAAAAUGUCAAAUAUUGUUCAUUUUAAAAGUGGAAAAACUGUCAUUCACCAAGUCAUUUCAAAAACAUUAAAAUUGCUAAUGCUAACCCAUGACCUUUUCAGUUAAACAGAGAAUGUUUUAAAGGGAUGAAUAAGGCACUAAAAUUGGUUUUUGUACUUUUUGUAGAAUAACUUUUUUUUUUUUCCAUACUGACAGAAACAAUAUAUUACAGAGGCACAUUAUUAUAAAUAGUGUGUUUACGAGGACUAGAAUAUUAAGCUGUUAUAACACCAGAGUAGUUGUAUUAUUUAAAACUUUACAAGAUACCAGUGCCUUGGAAAUGUGUUUCUCACAAACAGUAUUAUGCAUGUUUGUAUCAAACUAACAAAAUGUUCACAAUUGAGACCGUUUUUUUUUCUUUAUAAAGAUUUGCUUAAAAUUAGAAUAAAAUGUUAAUCUUUGUUUAAGUGUCUGAAAUCUUUAGUUUUAGAUUAUAUAUAGCUUCUGUGUAGCCUGUAAUAUUGAUUAUUAUGGCUAUUUGAAUAUUGCUAGUUAUUAUUACUAUUUAUUGAGUUUUUGUUAUUGCAGUUAAGACCACAAACAUGCAUAUAUGGUGUAAAGUGCAGUUUCCCAGCACUGAUUUUACAGCUCUAAUGCCCUGCACAUAGCCUUCCAAAUCUAAUCUAAGUGUUUUGUGAAUAAAAAUACUUUUUAAAACUACUUUGCAGGGAUAUUACUACCAGCAGAUGUCUCUAUAAACCAGUGAGAGAAUUAGGUGUAUGGUGUGUGUACAUAGAAUGACAAUGAUAAAAAUUGCUUUAUUAAUAUUGAUAAAAUGCAAAUAAAAUAUUAUGAUUUUU